GCAGAACUUAUUUAUUUUAUUGUAUAUAUGUUGUGCAAAUGUAAAAAUAUUUAUUGAUGAAAAAUUAUCAAUUGAAAAGAAAACAAUCUUAAAAGAUUUACUUUAAAUAGUUUGGUCAGCAUUAUUUGACUCUAAAUAUGCUGAACAUUCAAUCAUGAAUGUUGCGGCAAGAAAAAUUUGUGCUAACGUGUGUUUCGCUUUACUAUUGUUAUUUGAAGCAGUUUUUAUAGAGACAGGAUCAAUUAACUUUCACCAAAGAAGAAAAAGAGGGCUUUUAUCGCGAACAGGUAUUUGCCCAAGUCCAGUAAAUAACUUUGUAGUUAAAGAUACUCGGUUGAAUUUCUUUGGACUAAGCAUAACCUUACCUGGAGACGAGUAUCCUUCAUGCUAUGCAAAUGAGUGUUUAGAUGAUCAAGAAUGUAGCGGCGAUAAAAAAUGCUGUGUAAAUCAUUGUGGAGCACAAGUUUGUACUGAAGCUGAACGCGAACCUCAUCCUUGCCAGCUUUUCAAUUGCCCAGCUACAAUGGUUUGUAAAAUUCAGCGAGUAAGAUGCAUAGAUCCAUAUUGUCCCGAUCUGUUGGCUUUGCCACGCCCAGUGUGUGUAUCAGGCGGACCUUUGUACGAAAUUGGGAAGAGAUCUCGUAUACCUCGACCCAGUUUACAUUCAUACGAUUUACUAAGUAAAUUACAUAAUGAACAAAAAGAAGUAGUUUAUUCUCCAGAACUUGAAUAUGAUAAGAAUCAGGUCUACAAAAUUGGCGUGUAACUGUUAAAAUAGAGCAAUAAAAUAUUGAAGUGAUUAGAAAAUAAAAUUUUUUUUAAAUAUAACUUUAUCUAUGUACAAUAUUUUUAUCAACUAUAUUUUUUGUUUGUUUAGUUUAAAAUGUUUCAUUUUUUUCAAUGCAAAAAUCAUAAUGUGUAAAUUAUUGUUAUAUCACAUUCAUACAUUAUUUUGUUAAUCAACGAAACUGUAUAUUUAUGCACCAUGUUUCAUAAUUAAAUAAAAAUUUUUUACAAUAA